CCUGCACAUUCACUUACCAUGUGUUUACAUCAGGACCGUGGUACUCGACUGACCGACCCACAAAUACAUCACGUGCGUUUCUUCGUCUUCCGAGUCGAACCAAGAGUACGUUGAACAAGUUACAUAUCGUACUUAUGCGGUGUAUGUUCUUCAUUAUGGCGAGACUGGCCCAUUCUAUCCUGCUAUCACUGGAACUUCUGGCUUCUCAUGAUGAUUUGCGUGUGGCUCCGGCCACAAUGGGGUGUUCGGGGUCCUGUAUGGGCCACCGCUGUGGCCCAUGCGUGCCAGUUAACAUUUGCUUACCACCCUCCAAAUCGUGCUUGAUUCGUAACACUGGCCCUGGGUGUUCAGAAGUAAUUUUGUUUGGCACCUAAUAUACUCACC